GGUUUGAAGAAACGGAAGUAGGUUUACCUAUUCAACUUCUUGCCCAACAUUAAAAUAACAGAACUUCAGUAAUGGGAAUCAUGGUGACACAGCAGGCCUUGAUUGAGUUGUACAGAUAAAAUGGGCUGUACAUACUCAGGACAAAGUGGGAGUAAUGGGGGCAUUCGCUCCUUUAAAGUUUAUAAUGUGGAUGACCAAGGUAUUGAAUUGAACAGAGGAAUAAUUGAAAUCAAGGACAAUGAUCUUAUUUUAUACCAGAAAGGAAAAGAUACUAUUAGGUGGCCACUCCGAUGCUUAAGAAGGUAUGGGUUUGAUGCUGAGCUGUUUUCUUUUGAAAGUGGCAGGAGGUGUACAAUGGGCCCUGGUAUUUAUGCAUUUAAGUGUGCUAAUGCAGAGGAGCUCUUUAAUCUAGUCCAGGAGAGUUUACAGAGAGCUGGAGAAGAAGACCAAAGAGGACAACAGCUAAGUCAGACACAUGUUAUGCCAGUCGCUGGAGUGCAAUACAACAAUAGGCCAAGCGCAGCUUUGCCAACAACACAAAACCCAUCACCUGUUAAUGGAGGUCGGCUCACAGUGCCAGGUCAAGAGGUCCAAGCUGCCAGUGGUGGCAAUGGCAGUUCUCAUCUGUACGUCAACGGCAUAGUGCUUGAAGAUGCUGGGCAUGAGUACGUCAACACUGGAGCUACCAAAGCUAACUCCGGUGCUUUUCAAAUUGAUGAGACGGCUGCCCUGAUUGAUUUUCUACACAACCCACCUGGGAUUAGAUCAGGUGCCACCAGGUCUCAGGUGAAUUAUGCUGAGUUAUGCAUGCCAGACACACAGCCCAGUAUGAUGAGCAUGGAGAACUUGCUGGAUGAGUCUGGUAUGGGAGCCGUGCACAAUGUGGACAAAAGGCUGACUGGGUUAGAUGUUGGUAACAGACUGUCUCAACACAGCUUGUCCAUUGGUGGGAUGAUUAGUGCAGAAAGCAGUAAUCGUAUUUCAAUGCCCAGUGAACUGCUUGCUGCCAUUUCUCAAGACAAUAUCCUACAGUCUGGAGAUUCAGAUGUUUUCCUACCAGAUGUCCCACCAGAGGGCGCUGCUGGCUCAAAUUACGUAAACAUUGUUUUGGAUGAGGGAGCUACCCCUGCAGCUGCUGCCCCACCUGUCAAUGAUGAAAUAAUUCUUCCGCCAAUCACAUGCAACUAUGCUAACCUGGACAUUCAUGUGAUACCUAGAGUUCAUAAGCUGUUCAACCAGGUUAAUUACAUAACCAUUGACCACAAGAACCAAAGUAAUGAUAGCUUACCUGGCAACAAUUCACCAACCUCCCCCACAAGUUGCAUCUCAUUCCCUGAAUCUCCCAGCAGGAAAACUGAGAGCUAUGCCAUGAUAGACUUUGACCGCACGGCUGCACUGUCCAACACAACACGCCCAAAAGAAGACGAUGAAGGCGUCAGGAAAACUCGCCAUAACAGUACCAUUAGUGAUAUGCCUUAGUUGUUGCGUUCUUGUCACUGAGCAUAUGGAAGAUAAACCUACAAAAUUUUGGUGAUUGGCAGGAGAUUUUAUUAUUAAGCUUGCUACAUAUACUUUUUGGCUUAAUGUUUUGUUUUUGGUAAACGGUUUCUCAUAUGUGGACAUUUAAACUGCCAAGACCUUUAUUUUAAACGAUGGCUACUAUUCAAAGCACUGUUGAGCAUUCCACUGAAAUUUCAGUAACAUUCCUUUAGGUGUCAACACUUUGAAUAGGUCGACAUAUAUGGUACAAGGCAUUUGUAACAAGUGAUUGCUACUGACUGUAUAUUUGUUUUUUCAGAUAUUUAAAAGUACACGAUAUUGACUCAAACUAUUUUUGGCCUAUAGUUGUGUUAAUUUAUGUAGACAGAAUUUAGUUGGUAGGUGUACAUGUAUAACUACAUAGCUGUCAUCUAAUUCAGGGGUCUCCAAACUUUUCAGUCCGAGGGCCGCAUUAACUAUCAAAUUUCAGUUCAGGGGCCAGUUUCUUCCAGGCA